AUGGCCACUCGUAUCCGCGACAUGGCAGACGCUGCUAGCAGGACGGCAGCACAACUAGCUAAACGCAUCGCCAUCACUCCCCAGCCUGACAGCCCGCCUGGCUUGAUCGAGGCUUUGACCGUGGACCCGUGGAGCAAGUCCGGGAAGUACGGACUGGGAUGGACCUACUUCGCUCUGGCUCUCAUGGGAACAGUCCUCCUCAUGCGAUUCUGGCACUUUUGGCAGGACAAGAUCCGGCAAGCCAUCUACAAGCAAGAAGUGGAGGACUAUUAUGCCAACUUGUACAACACCGACCCCGAAUACGUUCACGCAGUACACACUGGACAGGCGCAACAAUUCUUCCCCGACUCAGAAGGACUUGGAGAGAAGCAGUUCAAGCCCAAAGCCCACUUCGCCUCUGUUGGCUUCGUCAAUGACACACUGGCCCUCUUCCGAUGGGUCUUUUAUCGACCCAUCCCUGAUUUUGUCUGGGGCAGCCACCGCUUCACCUUCUCCUCCCUGGCCGUCAUUACUUGUGGUCUCAUCGCCCUGGCGUUUGUGACACUUUAUUGCUUCCUACAGCAGCCGCUCUACUGGCAAAGCAUUCAGUUCGGCUCCCCACCCGUUGCUAUCCGAGCUGGCAUGAUUGCCGUCGCCCUUACGCCCUGGAUCAUCGUGACGAGCAUGAAGGCGAACGUCAUGUCCAUGCUCAUCGGCAUUGGUCCUGAGCGUCUCAACGUCUUUCACCGAUGGGCAGGCUACCUUUGCCUUUUCCUGUCUCUGGUCCACACGAUUCCGUUUUACAUCCAGCCAGUCUGGGACGAUGGUGGCAUGGACGUCUUCUCGCGUCUUUUCCCUGGCGGAAGUGGCGUCAUCUACGGCACUGGCAUUGCCUGUCUUGUUCCUCUGGUGUGGCUUUGCGUCGCAUCUCUGCCAUUCAUCCGCCGUAUUGCUUACGAGCUCUUUGUCAUGCUCCACGUGCCUGUUGGCAUGGCCUACGUUGGACUCUUGUUCUGGCACACCAAGAACUACUUGGCGUCUUGGAACUAUCUCUGGGCAACGGUUGGCAUCUGGGUGUUCUGUUACCUCAUCCGCCUGGUCAACCUCAACUGGACGAGACCGUGGCGGUUGAGCUUCAUGGUGGGUGACGAAGCCGCCAUCAGUCUCCUUGCCGAGAACGCAAUUAAAAUCACUAUCCCAACCCAGAUGCGGUGGAAGCCUGGGCAAUAUGUCUACCUCCGCAUGCCGGGCGUCUCGUUCUUCGACAAUCACCCCUUCACCAUCUCCUCGCUCUGCAGCGAGGAUUUCCCUUCCGAGUACGGUGAGCAGUAUCGAGACUGUAUUCUGGUCUUCAAGCCGUACGGUGGCUUUACCCGGAAGGUCCUCGACAUGGCCAUCGAGAAGGGCCCAUUCCAUACCUAUCGUGCGUUCUUAGACGGGCCGUACGGAGGUAUGCGCAGGGACCUCGCUGCCUUUGAUACCUGCAUUUUGAUUGCAGGCGGAAGCGGCAUCACGGCGCUGAUGUCGCAACUACUCAACUUAAUCAAGCGUAUGCGCGAUGGAAAGGCCAUCACAAGGAAGGUGGUCGUAGUCUGGGCUCUCAAGAGACUCGAGUCCAUGGACUGGUUCCGCGAGGAGCUUCGGAUUUGUCGCGAAUCUGCACCUCCGGAGAGCGUCACUUGCAAAUUCUUUGUCACUUCAGCUGUGCGUAACCGAGCCAUGAUGAUGGGAGGGGUAGACCGCACCGCGCCUCGUGCUCUGAGUCAUCUUUUCCACGACAAGUUGGACGGUUUCGUGGCAGGCAUCGCAUCGAAGCGCAACUCUGCUCUGAUUCAGUCUGUGGCACAAGGCGAUCCAGAUCGCGAACAAGAGUUGCGCGCCGAGCAAGAAGACAGAAUUACAGCUCUGCCACAACAGAAGUACCUGCAACCUCACCAAUAUCCUCCUCCACCACCAGGACCGCCACCCUCGAACCGGUACUCUGCCCAGGAGGAGUCAUUACGGAAGCUCGAAGGCCGUGAGCACGGCGAUGAGGAGGACAGAGACGCGAAGAAGCGCGAGUUCCACUUCCCUCCUAUCAACACCAAGGGCGAGGUGCCUCACUUCAAUUACGCCCCGGCAUCACCUCGUAAGGUACCCGAAACAGUUCAGCCGGACUCAGAUGUUCCAUUGCGACCCCCCGAAUUGGCACAUUUGAGGACUACCAACCUCCCGGGCGCCGGCCAACCUCGUCCGACCAGCACGUUUGGCCCGCCCUCGGGCUUCGACUUUGGCUUCCCCGAGACCCCAACCGAGUUCCAGAAGAGCCUGAUGCGCUUCGCCUUCCCCGUACCGCAUCAGAUUGAUGGUGGUUGGUCUGUUGAGUACGGCCGGCCGGACCUUGGUUACAUGCUUAAGGAGUGGGCUACCGGAGGUGCCGACGGAAGGGGCAUUCUUGGCCGCCGAACGGCUGUGUUUGUGUGCGGGCCCCCCGCCAUGCGCGUUGGCGUUGCGAAUACAGUCGCGCGACUGCAGGCGGCGAUUUGGGGCGACGACAUGUUGGAGGAGAUUUAUUUACAUACCGAGAACUACGCCCUCUGA